AUGCAUCUUUCCCUGACUCUGCUCGUGGUAUUCAGUGCCCUGUUGGCAGCACAAGUUCCAGAUUCCAGCAUACCCAGCCACCUGGAGACCUUCAAGGAAUGUCUGAUGUUUUGUUCUAAAGUAUAUGGAGAUUGCUUGAAAGAGACGAACGGUAUGUGGAAGUCAUACCACACCAAUGUCAAAAAUAUUACCAAAAUCGUGCGACGUUGCUGUCUGAGAAAUGAGAAGAAAGCAAACGCCGAAGAGGAGGACAGUUUCGCAACCUGUGCUAUGAUUCGAUGUGGUGCGCACCUGUAUGGGUAAGACCAGUGAAUAGUAUUUAGUUAUUAGAAGAUGUUGUGGUUUACGUUGCUAUUCUUAGCGGUCCUACGGCCUCCAGUCAGUAAUACAUCUCACAGACUUUGAACAUGCGCCGUUCGCAGCCAUCUCCUUGCUUACGAUUUAUAUGUAGGCAAACUGAAUUCAUGCAGGGUGCGUUUCAUUUACAACAGCGAUAUAAGGUUGAUAAUUUAUUCGUUUGCUGGUCUUGCCGCUGCAGCCCAGCCACUCCUCCCACUUGCUCGCGCACAACUCAUGCACACACGACGCUGCAGAAUAACCCCUCGAAACCACGAAUGUGAUGAGGUCGUUGAUGAGCUGACAAAGGAAUCUUCACCAGGACCCAGUCCUGCGUCUUUGAAUGCGCACGAGCCUGAAGUUUGUCACUGUAGGCAAAAGUGUAUCGUUAGUGGAAUUAAGGGGGUGCUGUUCGGACAGAGAUACCCGCAGAGUUCGACAUAACAUGAUAUUCAAUGAGGCCAUUAGGGUCUGGGGUCAGCCUGUCAGAGUGGUCCACGGACAUGCUAGCUAAGGACCGAGAAGAUUUUAAAGAAAGUCUGAGAAAGGCAGAUGGUGAGACAAUCAUAGCUUUCAUUAGUUGGAGUUGUCAUUUCGGCAAGACGUGGUUAUGGAGCCCCGCCUAAUGGACCCAAUACUGUUUGAUUUUGGACUAGGGGUUCGAGUUAAACGUCAGAGUUAGGGGUUACGGUUAGGCGUUAAGGUUAGGGGCUAGCGUCAGGGGUUAGAGUUGGGGUUUGGGGUUAGGGGUUAAGGCAACUAUUUCCAAACCACUCAAAGUACAACCGCGCGUUCCCAAUGGCUUGACCGCGUCCCCUGUGCGUUCCCCGGCCCCACCUGUAAAACCCCCUAUCACUAUCGGUCCCGUAUUACAGGUGGCCGGUGUUUGGUUACUUCCGGUGGGGUCGCAUAUCUACACCUGACCGUUAUUUCAUAUCAAAGCUGGGAAGGAGAGCGGUCUGAAGGGCCGCAGACACAUCUACAUGAAUCAAAGUUUUGUGGCUCCGAAAUAGUCUCCGUUGGAUGCCAUAUUUUCUCCGUAGUAUAAGUGCUUACUUUGUUGGUCACAGCGCUGUCAAUCAACACGCGAAAAAAAUAGAACAUUUUCGUCCGUCACUAUCAGUUAAAACCUCACUGCGGUGGGAGAAGACUCUGCUCCUUGUCCCUUCUAAAUGGUGACAUCCCUAGUUCGAUCUACGUGUUAGUCGAACUCUGCGGGUAUCGGCGUCUGGACAGCAUCCCCUUAGUUCCUCUAACGAUACGCUUUUGCCUUCAGUAGCAAACUUCAGGCUCAUGAACAAUUUGAGACGCAGGACUUGGUUUUUGUGGAGAUUCCUUUAGCAGCUCAUCAACGACCUCAUCAAAUUCGUGGUUUCGAGGGGUUAUUCUGCAUGCUCCCCUGAGCCAGAGGGUAAUAUUGACCAAGGAACUGAAUCCUGAUGCAAUACAAAAAUAUUCGUUAGGAAGAGAAAGUCACCAACGUUUUUAUUUCCUGAAAUUUGUUAAUAAAAUGCUUCGAUCUCCUUAGUGAUUAAAGUUUUCAUUAACGUUGGCCUUGGCUUCCAGAUGGAUACAUUUUUGGAAUCUGGAAGGUUAGUUAUUUGUUGGUAAAAUCCACCAAUUAGGUUAAUUUUUAGGCGAUCAACUUCUCCUAGGAAAGGACAAUGUCCAAAUUAGCGUGUCUUCUGUUGUAUAAACAGACGAAGGGUACUGUCGGAAAGUAAAGUACAUCCUUACCUCAUAGACAACAAGUUGACGACACAGUAAACGGCCCCCUUCUAAACACUCAUAGGCAAUACAUAUUUACCUGUCCCCUCCUCGUUUCAUGAGAUUUAUGAGUGGACGGUUGCAAGAAAAAAGUGCGGCGCGCUAGAACAACAGUUAAGACCCAUGCACUGAUUCUGUAGCCUCCCCCCCCCCACCCCUCCCUGCUUUAAACUUUGGAGACGUAAAGGGGGAUAAGUGCAAAUGCUGAGAAUUUCCUUCGUACAAGUGGUGACUCCGAAGUAGCGGUCAGUACCCUUUAAAUGUGUCCAAGUUGAGUUGGUGGUGUUCAAGUGCGAGCAAUAUGCAAUGAACAAUGUACACGAAUAAGAUAUUUAUUUUACGCCAGAGCGUACAUUUUCGGACCGUUUCUCUUUUCUACUCUGUUUAAACUCACAACUGUUACUCGACUGCGUUAAAUGAUCAAAAAGUUUUUUUUACAAAUUUUGUACCGUAAGGCAUAAAGACUGCGAGUCCCCAGUUUUAAACAUCCUUUUCGGCCUCGCAUUUGCCUCUUCGCCAUUGCCAACAGGGCCGAGUUCCACAUCGCGGACUUUCCCAGUCUGGUUAAUGGCGACAGUUAGGCUAGAAGUGACCCUUCGGUUCCUCUUUUUUUGUGCUCUGCAAGAAGCAUGGUUUAAUGAUUCCUCUUUUACAUGUUGUCGCCCUCAGAGGCUCUAGGCCGGAGCCGCCAGUCAGAACAAAAUGCCAGUUUUCCGCUCUGCAAUCAGAAGAGAUCGUCGUGGGAUAAUCUUAUAUGACUUCGAGUAAAUAUGAUCACGGUCUAUCAGGCGUGAGCGCAUAAGUAUUCAUAACCAGAGCCCAUCUGAACGUUGCCUUAACCUCCGUGCUCUGCUGCCUGGUACUCAGGUGUGGCUGAAUGAUGACGGCAGAUACACCGGAAAACCAUUGGACGAGACUAAUUCACACCUUGAGAGGGGAUUAGUGCGGAUUGGGCUGACCGUCGGUGAGAAUCUGGGCUACCUCCUCCAGAGUACAUGUGACUGAUUCACGUCCUUGCAUCCCUAUGAUGAAGGUUAAAAAGAAGUUGUCCUUUUAUUGCAAAAGGACAUCAAAUAUAACUGUGCAGCAGACAGGAAAGAUGAGGGAACGCGCGCAAUAUCGCCUUUUUUGUUAACUGAGGCUUUUAGAAGCCUAAUGAACCAGAACGUAAACUGUCGGAAGAUGUUAGAUGUUUCAAUUGGUGAAAAAGUUGCGUCCAGCCCCCCUUAAAUGUAUUCUCACACAAAUUUCAUCAUUUAGCUAUUUCGGACUGCAUGGUUCCCAUCAUGUCUUGAACACGUUUCUCAUAGUGAACGCUUGCGGCCGUGCUUUGUUUACCGUUCCUCGUAUUUUCGUUCCCUUCCUUUUCAAUGUGACGAAAAGUUUAGCAAAACACAGAUUCAGCAAACGUUUCUCCAUUUGCCGAACUAUGCUCGACAUUUCCGCUCAUCCCAUCUUUGUGCGUCUUGCAGAUGGCACUUCGUGGAUGCGUGGGGUUUUCGUCCAGUCUCCUGUUUCUAUUGCUUAGCGAUUUCCUAAUUAAGAAACAAUAUUCUCAUGCAAUUAGUUAAAUUAUUUUCCACUUUAUAACAGAGUCCGUCGUCACAUUCUUGCUAUAAGUUCUUUUAAACUCACCACCGCCGGAGGGUGUCCACCUUUGCAUAGGAAACUAAACGGGGGCAGUUUUUCCGACGUAUCAACCGGCCCUUUUGUAACUUGUCUUACAGAUAAAACCAACCCGAAGACCAAAUAUCCCCGAACUUGCUGUUUGGCAAAAAACUUCAAAGAGGGAAACCUAAGGGGAAAACCCCUUAGUAUAAUGCUCAGCUCUCAGUCUGAAGAGUUUAAGUGGUACCUUACAUGCUCUUCAUAAUGCCUACUUUUUAUUUUUUGUAGAUGAAUACUUUCCAUUAGUUUUACUGGGAAUUUUCGCUUGCCAUCAAACAGAAAGUCUGUGACCGAUUUCGUAUGACGUUAAACGAACCUCUGAAAUGCUUUUCGCUUAUGAAGGAUUUCUUAAAAGGGGCUGUAAUGCUGGUUAUGUUGUGGCGUAACCCCAUGGUAUUUCAGACACUCCAGGAUAUUGGCUUUUGGAUAUAACUGCACUCGGCAAAAGGUGGCUACUUAAGUGGUGUGCAUUAGCUGUAUUGACUUUAAAUGCCCAUGUAAACUAGAUAAUAUUUUACAAAAAAAUGUGCUCAAAAUAUUCAUUCUAUAGCUCACUUGAUAGGACCUCACGUCUUCACAUUUUGUACUUGAAGUAAAGAUACAUUUCGGUUUAAAAAAGUUUCCAACUAUGGGAUUUGUAGGCCUAUGCAAUGUCCAUUCGAAUACCAUCGUUUCUGCUUAUUCAAAAAUGCUCCUUGUCAAGUAUGCGACAUAGUCCAAAUCCGCUGAUGCAUUUUAUGAGUUUCAUAUGGUUUUCUGCUAAUAGCAUAAAAGAAUGUGUUUUUCCCUACAGGAAGGUAUACUGCUUGUUGAGUGAAGACCCUAAACGAAAAUGCUACCGCAGAUCGAGCUCAAAAUAAUUCCGAAAUUAGAAAACUUUACAAACCAGAAGAUACACCUUCUUAAAGUAUGCAUUUUGAAGAAGACAUUGGUUGUCACCAAAUGAGUACAAGAGAGAAUAUUUCUAUGGAGUUUUUUGUAAAAUAUAUCUGAAUUUACAAGGGUGUCGAAAAUCUAUGGAUAAAAUGCCUACUAAUUAAGCAGUCAUUUUUUACUAAGUGCGGUUUUUGCAGACGAUCGAAAAGGGGGGAAUUUAAAAGCCGAUGUCCUGGCGUGUCUGAAAUAUCACCGGAUUAUUUCGCAGUAAAUAAUCAUUAUCACGGUCCUUCCUAAUCUAAAACGCUAGUUUGAAUUACGGCUAACCUUUCAUGAGAUUGAUCGCUGGCUGUAGGCCUCGCAUCAGCCGAUUUAAUGUUCGUGUGUCAAUAACGAUUGGCCGAAAACUGAAAGUUUGCAGAUGCGGAAGUGCCCGAUGCAUAAAUAACUUAGCAUCUCAACUCCCAACGUGGUCAUGAGUCUUUCAUUAAUGGCGUAUAUCCAGCUUUCGACGCUCACUGAUCCGCGAAGUUGGAAGCCGAAGAGCCGCUCGUAUACUCAGGAGACAUUAUUUUCAUCAGUGGGAAACACCCAUCGCAUCUGGACGGGAGGCUUCUGUCCUAAAUUUCGUUUUUAAACCUACCCUUUUUGGAAAAGGGAUUGAACAAGAUGUUGCUGCUGAAGUACUAGCGGUUUCAGUAGUAGUCGCCGUAGUAGUAACGACGAUAGUGUUAGAAUUAAUAAUAGUCGAAAAUGCUAGGGGCGGAACAGAAAAAUCAGACUAAGGAAGAUGCGAAGAGUCGGUAAGAAGAAAGAGAAUGAGAGAGGAAAGAUUGAAGGAAGUGGAGGAUGACGCUGGUAGUGAUGAUGAUGAUGAUGAUGAUGAUGAUGAUGAUGAGGAGGAGGAGGAGGAGGAGGAGGAGGAGGAGGAGGAGGAGGAGGAGAUGUAAUUACGAAGACUGAUGCCAGGUAAAAGCAUUGAAGACCCGGAGAACUUCUACACUACUAUUACCAACUGGGCAUAUGCAUGAUAUUCUCGAAGGACUACAGGCCCAUUUAUUUGACUCGCAAAGCCCUCACAGUAUUCAUCAUAGUCACUGCAAAAGUUUCAUGCCAUCUGCUGGCGAUUAUUAUUCGGCCCGCAUAAGUAUAACUUGUUUUUGUUUUAUUUUUUCAAUCUAACGCUUACCCAGUUUGCCUACAAGUUAGCUAUUUGCUCAGACCAUACCAGAAGUAAUAGGUUGAGAUGGAAAUAUAAUGAAUGGAAAUUUUAAAAUUAUUUAGCGCCGUGUGCCGAAGGGCAGGAUUAAGAUGUUUCUGACCACAGUAUCCGGCACAAAUCUCACUCCUGAUAUUUUUUCGAAUUUCAGAUGUCAAGUUAAAAAGCGUCACGUUGGAUUCCUGUCCAGUGAGGAAAUCCAACAUAUUUUGGAGAAAAAAAACAAGUCCACGACAGGAAAUAAUUAA